CGUGAUCGAGCAGCAGCUAUUCAGAAACGAGUGGAAGAAGCUGAAGCAUCCAGACAAGCUGCGAUACUUGCUAGCGAAAAGGAACGGCUUGCGCGUGAUCUGUUAAGGAAGGAAAAUCGACGCGGACAACACAAACUUGGUCCUGUACAUUACGGUACAAACAGUGGAACGGGUAAUGGACAUUCACAUUCCGCUGUUGAACCAUCUCGUAAUAUUGGACCCUUGGCGAAACUUCAGGCUUCUAUCGGUUUUGGUAUAGCUGCUACAGGCGUUUAUGACUAUUACCCGAAAAUUGUUGGAGCACGGAUAUCGAAGCCUUCGUGCUACUAUUCAGACCAAGUUGGACCGUGGAAGGAGAACUGGAGGGAAAGUUAUCAAGAUUCGUAUCUGCGUGAGCAGAAUCACGUCGGUACUCUAUAUGUGGCAAAAGAUGCGUUAGAAGGUGUAGCCAGAUCAAUGGAGCAAUCGUAUCUGCGUGAGCAGAAUCACGUUGGUACUCUAUAUGUGGCAAAAGAUGCGUUAGAAGGUGUAGCUAGAUCAAUGGAGCAAGUUGCCUUAAUGGCAAAUUCUCCUUUUUCAAACAAAUGGUUGAAAAAGUUGUUGCAGCUUGUUUUGAAGGGGCAGGUUAGAAAGGUUUGGAAACGGAUGCAAAUUAUUGGUGAUGUUUUGCGAAGAUACAAAAUGGAUUAUAAAUGUAAUUUCCUUGGUCUCACAGCAAUGAUAGAGUUUGUUAUGCAGGGCAUCACGAAUCUCACAAGAGACACUGCUAACAACACAAAUGUCAUCAUGUACCUAUCUUCUCAGUUUUCUGAGCGGAAACCAUGUUUUUUGAACAAACAUCGACAAUGUCUGAUGAUCGACUUCAUACUUCACUGUCUUGCUCCAUCUGCAGCUCACCGACUUAUUUCUGAAAGAUCUUUCGUAACACAGCAAAAAGCUGUACAUUUCGCAGCCAUAAGUGGACAUCCAUGUCAACUCAAUGUCUUGCUCAGUCAUGACAUAUAUUAA